UAAAUAGAACUUCAUCCUACUAGCCAACACCUAGUGCAAGCGUGGCUGUGUAUUGAGCAACUACAGCUGUCUCGUUUACAGCAGAUUUAUACACACGGACACCUCCGUUAAGGAUAUCGUUUUUCAUAUAAAGUACAGUAAGCACAUACGCAAGAUGGCGCGUGUGUUGCCGCUUUUAAGUGUGUUUUUUAUUUGUUUAGCACUUGUCUCUGCUGAGCGAGUUAAACGUCAAGAUGACAACGAAAAACCCGAUGACAAUCAAAUCGAAGAACUUUGCCAGGACAGGCCUGGAGAUGAAUACUUCCGUUUGUCAACUGACGGUGAUUGUCGUGAUGUCGUAAGAUGCGACAAUGCCGGUGAAAAUGGCAUUACUCGACUUGCAACUGUAAAAUGCCCAGCAGGUUUAGGUUUUGACGUUAUUCGUCAGACAUGUGACUGGAAGACAAAUGUCAAAAACUGUGAUAAACUUGAAAAACCACGCAAAGCUCUGCCAAUCUUCAAGACUGACGAGCCCAUCUGUCCAGAUGGUAAAUUGUCUUGUGGAGAUGGUGAGUGUUUGUCAAAGGACUUGUUCUGUAACGGUAAACCCGACUGCAAAGAUGAAUCUGACGAAAACGCUUGCUCUGUUGAUGAUGAUCCAAACCGUGCUCCCGAAUGUGACACAACUCAGUGUGUUUUACCUGAAUGUUUCUGUUCUGCUGAUGGUACUCGCAUUCCCGGUGCCAUUGAACCCCAACAAGUUCCACAGAUGGUGACCAUCACCUUCAACGGUGCCGUCAAUGUUGACAACGUCGAUUUGUACGAAGAAAUCUUCAAUGGACAACGUCAAAACCCCAACGGUUGCUCGAUCAAGGGUACCUUCUUCGUCUCCCACAAAUACACCAACUACUCAGCUGUCCAAGACCUUCACCGUCGUGGUCAUGAAAUUUCAGUCUUCUCCCUUACCCACAAGGAUGACCCAAACUACUGGACCCACGGUACAUACGAUGAUUGGCUCGCUGAAAUGGCCGGUUCCCGUUUGAUCGCCGAACGUUUCGCUAACAUUACCGAUGGUUCAAUUAUUGGAGUUCGUGCCCCAUACCUCCGUGUCGGUGGCAACAAGCAAUUCGAGAUGAUGGCUGAUCAAUUCUUUGUCUAUGAUGCUUCAAUCACUGCUUCUUUGGGACGUGUCCCAAUCUGGCCAUACACUUUGUAUUACCGCAUGCCACAUAAGUGCAACGGUAACGCCCACAACUGCCCAUCCCGUAGCCAUGCUGUCUGGGAAAUGGUCAUGAACGAAUUGGAUCGUCGUGAUGAUCCCUCAUUUGAUGAAUCUCUUCCCGGUUGUCACAUGGUCGAUUCAUGCUCAAACAUCGCUUCCGGAGAUCAAUUCGGUCGUCUUCUGCGUCACAACUUCAACCGUCACUACAAUAGCAACCGUGCUCCAUUGGGUCUUCACUUCCACGCUUCAUGGUUGAAAUCUAAGAAGGAAUACAAGGAUGAGUUAAUCAAGUUCAUCGAAGAGAUGUUGGGACGCAACGAUGUGUUCUUUGUCACCAACAUGCAAGUCAUCCAAUGGAUGCAAAACCCAACUGAGCUCAACUCGCUAAGAGACUUCCAAGAAUGGAAGGAGAAGUGCGAUGUUAAGGGACAACCCUACUGUUCGCUGCCAAAUGCCUGCCCAUUAACCACCCGGGAGUUGCCAGGUGAAACUCUGCGUUUGUUCACUUGCAUGGAGUGCCCUAACAAUUAUCCAUGGAUUUUGGAUCCAACUGGUGAUGGCUUCUCAGUUUAAGGAAAAAAAAAAGAAGAGGAGUUAUAGCUUCUUUGUUUUUAUAAAUUAGCAGUUAUUCCACCAAGAGAGUCUGAUCUUUAUAUUUUUUUUUUUUUUUUAUUAUUUUUUAUUAUUUCUAAUAUUUUUUAUAUUUUUUAUUUUAAUUUCUGUUCUACGUGGUUAUAAGUGUACGAUUUUUAUAAAAUUCAACUACACGUCUAUGUUUAACUAUUUUUUCUUUUUUUUCUGACAUUCUAUAUUUCUUUUUCUCAUUUUCUGUUCGUCUUUUCUUUUCCUUUAUUUUCUUUUUUUUAUAAUUUCUGUUUUAUUUUACUUUCUCUUAUAAUUGACCUGAUGAAAACUCAAUUUUUUUGUUUAACUUUAAUAUACUUUGUUGUGUCUCUUUUUUUUUAAUGAUAAGUGAUAUUCUGUGUUUAAUAUUUUUUUGUGUUUUAUAAGAGAAUGAUUAAAAAAAAAGCAAGAAACCAAUUCGACGUAAAUUAGUUAUGUUAAUAAUUUUUGUAAUAGGAAAAGCAAACAACGCUACAAAUACUUUAAAAAAAAU